AUGGAAUUUAAGCCAAGAUGGAUUUUUUGUUUGCUACUUUGCACUAAUAUUAUUAUUAAUCUAGACUAAGGUAUCAUUCCAGCAGGUAUAGUCUAUAUAAUAUUCAGCAAUAUCUUAGAUUGAAGAAUCUCUUGAGUUAACUUCAGAAUAAUUGGGAUAUUUAGGAUCAUAAGUUUAUGCAGGUGUUACUCUAGUUUGUUUGUUUGGAGGAAAAUUGUUUCUCCAUUUUAAUUCAAAGCUGAUAGUUAUGUUUAGUUAUUUAGGAAUGAUAUCCUCCUUAACUUUAUUCCCUUUAAAUUAUGGAUCAAGUUGGCCAUAUUAUAUUUUUAGAUUUCUUACAGGCUGUUCAAAAGUAGUUAAUUAUUAUAACAUAGGCACCUAUGAUGAUUUAUUUUCCUGUUUGGGUUGAUAAUUUUGGAGAUGAAUAAAAAACAAUUUGGAUAACUAUUCUACAAGGAGUAAUUCCACUUGGCAUAUUUGUUGGAUAUUCUUUAUCAAGUGUUAUUUCUAGUGUAUGGUAAUGGCAAGUGGCUUUUUAUGCAUAAGUAAUUAUGUUAACUGUUUGUGCAACAACUUUCAUAAUUUUUGUUUAGAAUAAAGACUUUGACAUAAAAAAGAGUACUAAAAACAAAUUUGGAAAUAAGUCUAUUAAUGAAGAUUAAUAAAAUCGUUCACUUCUUUAACAAAGCCCUAAUAAAACUUAUUGGUAAAUGAUGAAAGAACUCUAUUCAAUAAAACUAUGGUUAUGCUGUACUAUAGUAAUCAGUAUACUAUACUUUAUUGUAACUGGUAUUUAAUUUUGGAUGACUGAUUAUAUGAUAAAAGAGAUGCAUUAAGAGAAAUAAACAGUCAAUAUUGUAUUUGCAAUAGUUUCAAUAACUGCUCCUGUAUUUGGUUGUAUUACAGGAGGAUUAAUAGCCUAGAAAUUAGGUGGAUAUUAAAGAACAAAAUCUUUAUAUGUAUGUGUUUUAUAUUGUUCACUUUGUUGUAUUAGUGCUGCUCCAGUACCUUUUACAGAGACAUUCUGGUUUGGAGCUCUAUGUCUUUGGUUAUUAUUAUUUUUUGGAGGAGCAAUAGUACCUCCAUUAAUGGGAAUAAUGCUUUCUUCAGUUCCUAAACAUUUAAAAGCAUUUGCAAAUUCAAGUACAACAAUGUUUCAAAACUUAUUCGGUUUUUUACCUGCCCCAUCAAUUUAUGGAUUUCUAAUGGAAAGAUAUAAUUCUUAAGUUGCAGUAUUUGCAUUGAUGUAUUACUCAUUUGUUGGAUUAUUUGUGAUGUUGUUAGCUGUUUAUUUUAAGAGAAUGCAAAAUAAUAAGAAAGUAGGAUUUGAGGAGGUAUUUGAAUAGUAAUAAGAUACAAAAUCAUCAGUUUUACAAGAUGAAGAAAACUUUAAUAUCACAGUUAGAGUAUUAUAAUAUGGAGAUGCUCCAUUAGUCACAUCACUAACUCCACAUAUUGAAGAUUAAAUUCCAAAUUAUGAUAAUCCAGAGGAUGGAAAUAUGAAAGAAAUUUGA